ACAACGGUUCAUGAGGCACUGUGGUAUGUACCAUAUGGUGUCGCACCAUUCAUUUGGCCGAAUUGGUAUAUUGAUGAGCGCUAGUUCGUUGAGUUCAUGCUUGAUGCCAAGUUACCUCCUUGACAGGUGACUACACGUUGAUGGCGUUAGCAUUAUUACGGUCUCAUGAACCCACGUUCCAAAAUUUGCCGUUCAAAUUGAGCCCCACAAGAUCCAUGCGGUCGGUGCCUAACGCUAUAUAAUACAGCAUCCCGACAGACCUCUCGAGUGAUUGCACUUGUCCUCUCCCUUCUCCGUCACCAUGGGCAAAGGUUACAACGCACGUAUCGCCUCGAAUCCAUAUAUCGUCGGUACAUUCGCAUGUAUCGGCGGAGGCCUCUUCGGCCUGGAUAUCUCCUCCAUGUCUACAGUGUUGAACAACCCCGCAUACGCGAACACUUUCAACAAUCCUGGUAGCAAUGCACAGGGUGCUAUCGUCGCUUCUAUGCCCGCUGGGUCUCUAGUGGGAGCCCUUUCUGUCACUUACCUUGGUGACAAGCUUGGGCGCAAAAAGACGGUCAUCAUUUCUGGUCUCUUCUGGGUCAUUGGUUCUAUUCUUCAGUGCGCGUCGGUCGACCGUGGUAUGCUCUGUGUUGGCCGUAUCAUCUCUGGUUACGCCGUCGGCCUCGCUUCGACCGUUGUCCCUGUCUAUCAAUCCGAAAUUGCUGCACCUGCUAUCCGCGGUCGCCUGGUCUCCUUCCAACAAUGGUCCAUCACUUGGGGUAUCUUGUUCCAGUACUUCGUUCAGUUCGGUUGUUCGUACAUCAAUGGUACUGCUUCAUUCCGUAUCCCAUGGGGUCUCCAGAUGAUCCCCGCCAUCAUCCUUUCCCUUGGUAUGCUCGCGUUCCCCGAGUCCCCCCGUUGGCUCGUCGAUCACGACCGCGAGGCAGAGGCUUUGGAAAUUCUUGCUGACCUACACGGUGGAGGUAACGAGCAGGACGAGCUCGUCCUUCUCGAGUUCGAAGAAAUCAAGCAACAAGUUUACUUCGAGCGAACGGAAGGCGCCAAGGCCUGGUCAGACCUGCUCAAGCCUGGUGUGUUGCGCCGUGUCGUACUUGGCUCUUCUCUCCAAAUGUGGUCUCAGCUUACCGGUAUGAAUGUAAUGAUGUACUACGUCGUUUACGUCUUCGAGGGUGCUGGUCUUACUGGUCGUCGCGCGAAUCUUAUAGCAGACUCUGUGCAAUAUGUCCUUAACGUCAGCUUCACUGUCCCUGCGAUCAUCUACAUCGACAGAUGGGGACGCCGCCCGAUGCUUAUUUACGGCUGUCUCAUCAUGGGCUUCUGGCUCUACCUUGUCGGUGGUCUCCAGGCCCGCUUCGGUGAAUGGGGAACUCUCAACGGUGCUGCUACAUGGGUCGUCGUAAACAAUGGCGCCGCUACAAAAGCCAUCAUUGUAUGCUCCUACUGUUUCGUGUCCUCCUUCGCCAUUACGAUGGGUCCCGCUUCCUGGACUUACCCUGCAGAGAUCUUCCCCAUGCGUGUACGCGCCAAGGCCGUCUCUCUCUCCACAGCUACGAACUGGUUGUUCAACUUCGCAUUGGCGUGGGCUGCACCUCCGAUGUUGCAACACAUCCAGUGGAAGACAUACUUCGUGUUCGGGACGUUCAACUUCGCAGCCUGCAUCCACUUCUUCUUCUGCUUCCCUGAGACUGCUCAGCGCUCGCUGGAGGAGAUCGAGGAUGUGUUCGCACAGGGCCACGAGUACAGCGCCUGGGCUGUGUCGCGAUCCGUGGGCAAGAAGAACUUGACCGACGUAAUUGCAAAGUCGGAUGAAAAGGAAUCGAUUGACAAGGAACAUGUUUAAGGGGGCAAAUGCAUUUUUGAAUUUCAGCUCAUUUUUUCUGACUCUUGGUAAUGAUUAAUAGUUUACUGUACUUGUCACGCACUGCUAUUAGCAUAAGCAUGUAGCACCAUCAUGAGCAAUUCACGAAGAUACGGCGCGUAUGCGAGUGACGUGAAUCCCGACCCCCAGAUUUCGUG